AUGUCUGUAGUAGUCUUCGGUGCCGGAGUCAUCGGUCUCACCACGGCGGUUGAACUGCUCCGCCAACAUCCAACUGCUUCCAUCACUGUGGUUGCCAAACAUCUUCCGGGAGACCAGUCCUCCAGUGAUUACUGUUCUAGCUGGGCAGGCGCAAAUUGGAUUUCUUACGAGGACAAAUUGGGGGCCCAGACCGGCUACGAACAUGUUGCUUUUCAGCGAUUUUCAACUAUUGCUGCAAAUUUUGCUAGGCAAAGUGGUGUGAAAAGGUUCCCACUUCGUUUGGUAUAUGAUGAAGACGAUGUAAAAAAAUAUGGAACAGAAAAAAUCCGGCAAAAGUGGUAUGAAGACCUGGUCAGUGGCGUGACCGAGGUUAAAAAGGAGGAGUUGCCAGCUUGGGCGAGUUUAGGCUUGGAUGUCGCAACGAUUAUGAUCAACCCUAGCAUCUAUCUCGCUUGGUUGCAAUCACAUCUUCUAGAAGCGGGAGUAAUGUUUCUUCGAAGAUCGUACGACCAUAUUGAUCAAGUUUUUGACGACUUUUCCACGGCCGUUGCCAUAUUUAAUUGCACCGGCUUGGGUGCCAGAACACUAGGUGGCAUCGAGGAUAAAAAAGUCUAUCCUAUCAAGGGCCAAACUUUGCUCCUUGCAGAGCCCAGUAUCCCAUUAUCACGAAUGUAUAUGCACAAAAUAAAUGAAGACGAGUUCACACACAUUUUCCCUCGCCCACUCGGUGGUGGCAUCAUCGUCGGAGGUGUUCGGUUGCAUCAUGACUAUAAUGACAAACCAGAUAUGGACCUAGCUGAAAGGAUUAAGCGACGGGCCUGUGAACUCUGUCCUGAAUUAGGGAAGCCAGAGGAUCUCAAAGUUAUCAGACACAAUGUUGGAUUCAGACCGAGCCGAGAAGGCGGCGCCCAUAUUGAAAAGGAGCGGCGACACGGCAAGUGGCUUAUCCAUAACUAUGGGGCCGGAGGGACAGGGUAUCAAGCUUCAUGGGGAAUGGCACAGCAUGCGGUAGAUUUAUUCACAAAAGAUGUCGCGACAAGAGCGAAUCUGUGA